AUGGGGUCCUCUCCCCCAGGUUCCGCCGUUACCUCUUCUAUAACUUCCGCGGAAACUCCGCCAAUUGCGGGGAAUACACCCACUGCACCUGGCGCUGACCUAACGGUCCCUGCUCUGUCAGCUGACGUUGCGGCAGCUCCGGCAGCAGCGGCGCCGCCAGCGGAAAUUGCAGCAGCUCCCGCGGACGGUGGAAAGCAGGCGGAAACCCCAGUAGCGGCCGUGCCGCCUGCAGAGGUUGUAGCGGCUGUAGCGGCGGAGGUUGCGGCUGUAACGGCGGGGGGUGCGGCUGUAGCAGCGGGGGGUGCGGCAUCAGCGGACGGCGGAGAGGGGCCGAUGUGGAAGACGACUCUGUGCUCGUUCUUCCGCAAGCACGGGGAGUGCAAGCACGGCGCGCGGUGCAAGUUCGCGCACGGGGAGGCGGAGCUGCGCGCGCGCCCGGACGGGUCGUUUGACCCCACGUCCGCGCGCGGAGGGGCUAAGCGGAGCGAGGCAGGGGAAGGGGAUCAGAGCAAUAAGGGGAGGAAUCGGGGGAGGAAACGCGGAGGGGGAGGGUCUUGGGGAAGAGAGGCAGAAGAAGCGGAGGGUGGCGGGGACGAGGGGAAGGAAGGCGGGGCAGGGGGGGACGGCGAGUGGAGUCGGCUUUGCGUGCAGAACCUACCAAAGUGGUGGAAUAGUUUGGACUAUUGCGGGUCGAGGAAAAGCCAGGGCGUGGCGUUUGGAUUUGUAUCGUUUGAGUCAGCUACCGCAGCAGACAAGGCCACUCAGGUGAAGAACCAGACGCUGGACGUGCAACCGGCAUGGUGUAAGGGGCACAUUACAGCUAGAUUAUCCCACCUCCACACCCAACCUCACACGCUAACACACCCCCACCCCUCCUCCCACACCCCACGAGAGCAGCUGCUGCACGGCAAGCUGGUGAGGAACCAGACGGUGGACGUGCAACUGGCGCGGUAUCUGUUGCGGGGCAAGCAGGUGAAGAACCAGAUGCUAGACGUGCAGCCGGCACGGUACCGCACUCAGAAACAGACAGCUUUUGCCGCCCAGGAGGGCGGCGAAGGGCAUGAGGACAAGAAGAGAAGAACGGAGGGGGAAGGAAUGGGGGACGCAGGGGAGGAUGGUGGGAAAGAGGAGGGCGAGAGAGGUGGGGAGGGUGAGGAUGAGGAGGAAACGGAAGAGACGGAUGGGGAAGGAGAGGAUGGGGGAGAGGGAGGCAGAGGAGGAGAGAGGGAAGGGGAGAAAGCAGAGGGGAGGGUGAAGAAGGAGGCAUGGGAGGCGGUGACGCCACUGGCGAGGAUGGGGUAUCAGGAACAGCUGGAGAUGAAGGGAGGGAGAGUGGCGAAGGAUCUGCAGCGGAUUGUGACGAAGAUGAGGAAGCUUUACUCGAGAAAGAGCUUUGCUCAGCUGCCUGAAUGGAUCAAGUCUGCUAAAGCGAGAGCCCACCUCCCAUGCGUGUUUGAGGGAAUCUACGCCUCACCAGUGGUGGACGGAUAUCGCAACAAGUGCGAGUUCUCCAUUGGACCCUCUGCUGCUGGUCAGCCCACCGUCGGAUUCCUUCUCGGAAACUUCCGCGAUGGCGUGACAGCAGUGGCAGAGCCGUCAGGCUGUCGAAACAUCUCCCCCGUAGCCAUCGCCUUUGCACGCCUGGUGCAGGGGGUGGUUCGAGAAUCACCCUUGGCUGCGUGGGACAAGGUCAACAACCGGGGCUUCUGGCGGUUGCUCACGGUGAGGGAAGGCACGGCCGAACCACCCACCGCCACCUCGCUCCCCGAGCCUGCUGCUGCUGACGUGGCGUCGAUGGACGUGGACCAAUCCGCAACACCAAUCGAUGGACAGCCACCCGCAGAAAAGCAAGAUGAUCAUGGCACAAGAGAUGAAGAUGACACUAGGGAUGGCACAAGAGUCGACACAAGGGAAGGGGAAGGGCCAAGGCACAGUGGCAGGGCGGCAGUGAAUCAAGUGAUGCUGCUGCUGCAGGUGAACCCUGCUGGUGCCGAUCGGACGGCCGUGGAUGCGGAGCUGAGCAGAUUGACGGCUGAGAUUGAAAGGCGAGCAGCGGAGCACAGCCUGCCACUGCCUCUUACACUCAUCCUCGUUCAGGAACACUCGGGUGUGUCCAAUGCAGCCCCUGAGAGCUGCCCCAUCCGCUUGCUCUACCCUCGCUCUAGUCACAUUGAGCCAUCGGCAGCAGUGCCAAUGGCGGGGAAUGGAGCUGCUAGUGGUGCGGAAGAAGAGGCACGUACAUCACAGGGAAAAGUGAAUAAGUCGGCAGAAGAAGCAUUUCAAGGGGAGGCACUUGAGUCAACAGCAGACGGGCCAGAAGCAUUCCGACUGUCACCCACCUCCUUCUUCCAGACCAACUCAGCAGGAGCGCAGCUUCUGUAUCAGCUCGCUGCAUCCUGGGUCGGCUUGGGUCCUCCGCCUCUCUGCCCCCCUCCCGUGCUCCCUCCUCUCUUGACCAAGAAACAGCAGCAGGGGCAGGAGCAGCAGCAGGGGCAGGAGCAGCAGCAGCAGCAGCAGCAACAGCAGCAGGGGGGGGAGGUGCAGCAAGAGGGGAAAAGCGACGAGAAGGAUGGAGUGUUGGUGUUUGAUGUGUGCUGUGGCACGGGCACCAUUGGCCUGUGUGUUGCCAAGCAUGCCAAGAAGGUGAUUGGGAUUGAGAUGAACGAGUCGGCAGUGGAGGAUGCGAGGAGGAAUGCAGCCAUCAACGGCAUUCAGCAUGCUGAGUUCAUCGCCUCCCGGGCUGAGCUGGUGCUGCCAAAGCUCCUCCAUAAAUACCUCCCCCAGGUGAAGCCUGCCCCUGACAGCCUCCCCCAGGUGGAGGGGAAAGAGGGGCAGCAGCAGGAGGAAGGAAAGGAGGAAGGGAAGGAGGGGGUGAAGGAGGAAGGGAAGGAGGAAGGGAAAAAGGAGUUUGAGUUUUCUCGAGUCGUGACAAUCGUAGACCCUCCAAGAGCUGCUCCUUCCCCAUCCCCUUUUGUGCUCCCUCUUCCCACUUCCCUCGCCUCCCAUCAACCUUCUUCCACUUCCGCUUCUUCCCCUCUCUCGUUCUUCCCCUCUCUCGUUCUUCCCCUCUCUCGUUCUUCCCCUCUCUCGUUCUUCCCCUCUCUCGUUCUUCCCCUCUCUCGUUCUUCCCCUCUCUCGUUCUUCCCCUCUCUCGUUCUUCCCCUCUCUCAUUCUUCCCCUCUCUCGUUCUUCCCCUCUCUCGUUCUUCCCCUCUCUCGUUCUUCCCCUCUCUCGUUCUUCCCCUCUCUCGUUCUUCCCCUCUCUCGUUCUUCCCCUCUCGUUCUUCCCCUCUCUCGUUCCUCCCCUCUCUCGUUCUUCCCCUCUCUCGUUCUUCCCCUCUCUGUUCUUCCCCUCUCUCGUUCUUCCCCUCUCUCGUUCUUCCCUCUCUCGUUCUUCCCCUCUCUCGUUCUUCCCCUCUCUCGUUCUUCCCCUCUCUCGUUCUUCCCCUCUCUCGUUCUUCCCCACCGCUUCCCACAGCUACAUCUCAUGCAACCCCUCAUCUCUCUCUCAUUGCCAACGUUCUUAACCUCUGCUCACCUCCCUGCACUGCCUUCACCUUGCCAGCCCUUACCAGCAUUUCCUUCUCUCCCCAAUCCCUUCCCCCAGCUACGUCUCCUGCAACCCCUCGUCUCUCGUGGCAAACGUCCUAGACCUCUGCUCGCCGCCUCCCGAGCUAAAAAAGCCGCAAGCAGGGGGCGGCGGGUGGAGCAAGUGGGGCCCUGCAGCGGGGCAGAGGGCCAUGGCUGGGGAGCCGUUCCGACCUGUAGCGAUGGGAGGAGGGGGAAGGGGAGGGAGCAAGCAGAAGGGGGGGAGUGGAGCAAGCGGGAGGGGGGGGUGGGGUGGAGCAAGUGGGGCCCUGCUGCGGGGCAGAGGGCCAUGGCUGGGGAGCCGUUCCGACCAGUCAGAGCCGUGGCUGUUGACCUGUUUCCCCACACGAAGCACUGUAGCGAUGGGAGGAGGGGGAAGGGGAGGGAGCAAGCAGAAGGGGAGGAGUGGAGCAAGCGGGAGGGGGGGGUGGGGUGGAGCAAGUGGGGCCCUGCUGCGGGGCAGAGGGCCAUGGCUGGGGAGCCGUUCCGACCUGUGAGAGCCGUGGCUGUGAAAUUGUUUCCCCACAUGGAGCACUGUGAGGUGGUGAUGCUGCUGGAGAGGUAG